GCCGCCUGACACCCGUCUAGGCUUGCCCACCACCGCAAAUAUUGACAGAAAUAAUAGGGGAAAAUGGCAGAGAUGGAGAAAGAGGGCAGACCCCCGGAAAAUAAAAGGAGCAGGAAACCGGCUCACCCAGUGAAGAGGGAAAUCAACGAGGAGAUGAAGAGCUUUGCUGAAAACACCAUGAACGAGCUGCUCGGCUGGUACGGCUACGACAAGGUGGAGCUCCGCGACUCGGACGACCUCGACAUCCGCAGCUACCCAGACGGGGAGGCCCGGCAGCACAUCUCUGUCCUGAAAGAAAACUCUUUGCCAAAAGCCAAGACGCGGGACGAGAGUGCGGGCUCCCCAACGAACUCCAGUGGCUCCCAUCCCACAGCAGCGUCACGCAACGGGAUGGAGACGUCUGCUGGGGCUUCCUCUUCCUCCGUCAGUGCUAAGGAGCACGGCAACAUUCCCAUUAUCGUCCCUCUCAUCCCUCCCCCGCUCAUCAAGCCACCAGCAGAGGAGGACAUGUCCAGUGUACAGAUCAUGUGCGCCUGGUGUCAGAAGGUGGGCGUCAAGCGAUACUCCCUCAGCAUGGGCAGCGAGCUCAAGAGCUUCUGCAGCGAGAAGUGCUUCGCCGCCUGCCGCCGGGCCUACUUCAAGCGCAACAAGGCGAGAGACGAAGACUGCCACGGUGAGAGUUUACCACAGCACAGCUAUGCUAAGGAAACGCCCAGGCUUGUCUUCAAGAUAAACAGCGAUGUUCUUGUGUGUGACUGGUGUAAGCACAUCCGCCACACUAAGGAGUACCUGGACUUUGGUGCCGGUGAGCGCCGCCUGCAGUUUUGCAGUGCCAAGUGCCUGAACCAGUACAAGAUGGACAUCUUCUACAAGGAGACCCAGGCAGCCCUGCCAGGAGCACUGUGCGGCGCGGGACACCCCUCCAUGGAGGGCAAGCCCGACGGCAGCACCGGGGUGCAGCUGCUCACACCCGAGUCCUGGAACGCCCCGCUGGGCGAGCUGCGGCGGAAGGCCCCGUCCCCGGCAGGCAUUGGCCCCACCCCUGGGCCCUCGGCUCCCAGCUCUGCCUCCCCGUCUGAGCCUGGAGUCGCCUUGGGCCCCUCGUCCUCUUCCUCGUCAGCCAAGAUCCCCACCCCAGGGCCUCGGCCCCACGAGGGCACCAGCCUGCCCCCCCCCAUGCCCGCCCUACACCAGGCCAUGGGUGUACCGCCGGGCAGCCCCCCCAUGGUGAUGACGCACCGGGGCCCUGUGCCGCUGCCCUUCUUCAUGGAGCACCAGAUGAUGCAGCAAAUGCGGCCACCCUUUCUACGUCCCCCCCCACCUCACACACCGGGGCCCAACAGCCCACUGUCCAAUCCUAUGAUACCCGGCAUCGGACCGCCCCCACCCCCGGGCCCACUGAACGGCCCACCCUCCCGAAGCCUGGGCCCCCCCGCCAGCCCCAUGCACAGGCCACUCCUCUCACCGCACAUCCACCCACCGCCUGCUGCCACUGUUCCCAUGGGGCCCCACCCAGCCGCCCACAUGCCCGGCCUGCCGUUCCCCCCAGUCAACAUGAUACCCAACAGUCACCUGCCCGUGCCGCCUGUGGUGAACUUCGGCGUGCCAUCUCUAGCCCCGCUGGUGCCCCCCCCCACGCUACUGGUGCCCUACCCUGUCAUAGUGCCGCUGCCGGUACCCAUUCCCAUUCCCGUGCCCAUCCCUUUCAGCCCCAAGGCCUCAGGCGACCACCCUGGUGAUGGUGACGCCAUUCCCAGCGCCUCGGGGGAGGGGGGUGAAUCCAAGGGCCCCGGGCUGUUUUCCCCUGGUCCGCCCCCCGGAGAUGCCGGAGAGCCCAGGCAGGGCCCCUCCAAUGCCAGUGAACUAUCGCCUGGCCUCUCUGGCUGCUCCUCUGGCCCCGAGCAGGACCGGACUGCCGUGGUUGACUUAACCGUAAAAGUGGAGAGCCCGGGGGGCUCUCAGUAUUCGCCACCCGUGACCAAGCCUCUGACCACGCCCCCAACCACACCCCUGGCCACACCCUCUACCCUUGAAGGUGUGAUAGACUUGACGCUGGGUCGGCGCUCCCGGUUGCAGCAGGUAAUCCAGCGGGCAGCGCCCAGCACACAGGUGAAGGCGGAGCCAGAAUCCCACCCCUUCCUGGGUGAGACCACAGGGGGGUGUGGCUAUGUAGAGGCCACAGGCAACAGGGAUGUCCGCAGCCCACCGGACCCCAUUGCCCUGCCUUGCGGUGACCCCGCCUACUGUGCUGCCGCCAACAGCAAUGCCCCGCCCACGCUCCAGACGUUACCCCCCACCCCGCCCAGCCCAGCGGCGCCCUGCAACGUCAUCGUCAAUGGCACCCGGUCGCCGGACGGCGGGCCUGCCAGGAGAGCCCCGCCCCCAGAGGAGCCGGCACUCAGCGAGCUGGAGUCGGCGAAGGAGAACACCUGCACCAGCGCGGAGCGGGAUACAGGUAAGCGGGCCCCCUCGGAGGAGGCCGGGGCCCCUGGGGACAAACAGGACCCCCGGGCCGCAGACGAAGACCACGCCUACGCGCUGCCUGUGCUGCCCAAGGCUGGCUGCGUCAUCCAGCCUGUGCCAAAGCCCGCAGACAAGAGUGCACUGAGCCCCUGCGGCAUCGCCACGGCCCUCCCCGGCAGCGGAGCCCCGGACCUGCAGCCCCCGCCAAAGAGGAGGUGCCUGCGAAUUCGCAAUCAGAACAAAUAGAGGCAACAGCUGUGAUUAAAGGCAGCGUUUCACUGAUGGGGUGAGAACAGACGUGCCAGCCCAGUGCCACUGCCUCGCCCUGCCCUGCCCCACUGAAGACAACACCAGCGUCCCCCCCUCCCCGAAGAUACACACCCCCACUCUGCCUGCAGCUGCUUACUACCGCCAUCUCACCCGGGCUUUUGGAUGAGGACUUUUUCUGCCACUGCCAUCACCCACUGCCUGCCCCCUGAGCUGCACUGGUCUCACAACAUCCGUCCUUUGGCCCAUUCUCCUCCCUCCAUGAGAACCCUAAUGACGUUCCACCUCACAAGACCUCCCCCCUACCCCUCGGGGUUCCCAUUCCCAUGCUCCCUCGGAUCCGUCCAGGUCUGGUAGGUCAGCUGUCCCGGCGGGCCGAGGGCUCACCUACCGGCGGCAUGUUGUCAUGGAAACGGGAGCGGCGGGAUGCACAUCGAUGCACAGGAGGGUCACGCCAGGCCACCGGGAGUUCGUGCACUUUUCACAUGCGGUCUAAACAUGGUCUGUACUAUAGAGAGAACAGCCCCCUCGUCUGACAGAUGCGGAUAUUCUGUGGGGGUGGGGUUAGUGAUAAGUGAUCCAUCGAGGGGGCCUGUGCGCAGCAGUGACUUAUGGCUUACUGGCCUGAUUGAGUGCCAAGGAUACUUGGUGGAUGUUUGAUCUUCUCUGCGUUCCUUCUUCCCCUUCCCAGGAGCCUCCUCACCCACAAAAGCACACGCACGCACACACACACGUGCGUGCAGGUCCACACACCCCCAUCCCCAUCUGGAACAGAGUAGUUGUUUUGAGUAGACCUCUAAAAGCGGUAAAACAGUCUGUGGCAGCGUUUGCCCUCCACUGUCAGAGAAAGAAGAAAAGACUGAGGGCUGAAAUUUCAGCCCCGGUACGCAGCCCCACUUCCUCAGACCAUGGGGGCCCACGCAUGCCGAUCGGAGCGGUCCGGACAGAUCCACGGGCGGCUCUCUGCUCCCAUUUCACUGUUUACUUUAGUGCUUUUGUGGUUUUUGGAGACAUGUGCAAUUAAACUGUCACCCAUUGAGUCAAGGAUAACAGGGUAUGGGCAAACGCAUGCAGACCUCACCAGCAAGCUCACCGAACUCACGGCCCCGCCGGCCCCCCGCCCCCAGUGCGCACUCCCGCCAAAGAUCUGGUACGACACAGCUGAGCUGGGCCGGCUCGUAGCUUUAAGUUACCUUAUGCCCACAGUCCGAUUAGAGCUCGCGGCUCACCAGCCAGAUUCAUGACGUCACACUCUCCAGCUCCGGGGAGGAGGUCUCACGCCACACAGCAGAGGCACAUGCUCGCCAUAGCCCCCUGGUGGCCAGAAACACCCCUCACUCUCCGCCACGCAUCCCGCUUGGUCAGGUGCUAAAAAGCGUCAUUUGCAACUGAUGUUGGGGGGGUGAGGACAUCGAACGAUAGGGAGCUGAAGGCAGGGGUGGCACAGGAAUGGAGACGCAUUCCCUCUGAAAAAGACGAACAGGCACAUCUCACAGAUCAACAGGCAGGGCGCCAUCGCUGAAGAUAGUUUUACUUAGACAGUCCUUGAGAUGAAAUGUCAGUUGUCCCCUCAGAUACUUUAUACGCCUUUGAAUAAUCUCCCUCCUUACCACUGCCAGUAUUAUCCUCCAGUCGUCCUGAGUGUCAGAUGCUUUCCGGCUGAAAGAGAAAGAGUUUGGUGUAAUUAAUUCAAUAUCGCAGGCGAUUUCUGACACCAACACCUGUUCUGAAAUUUCACUUCCUCUGUUACAGCUCCCAGCAUUCCCUGGGGCAUUCGUGACCGCGCAGAUCGCCAAUGCCAAAUGUCUGUUUCUGAGAUUUAUUCCGUGCGUAAGUCAGCGACCUUGCCUGCGAAGACAAGACACCAGAUUUAUCAGUAUUAUAAUUUAUUCCUCUGUAUCGGCGUAAUAUAAUUGCUGUUCCAUUAAUGAGUCGGGAAUAGAAAUGGGAGCGUGACCGUUCCCGAGUGUCAGCCAAGCGAGCCGUGCCGGCCAGAACGCGCAGCUCACGCAGUGCCAUCCUAAACACUGGAGCGGCUCUUUACCACGCCUGUCAGCCAAGCCAGUGAGUUUUCCCGUUGGUGUGAAAUCCAAAGAAAGCCACGUCCAGAAGAUGCCCAAAUAGAGGAGCUUGUUAAACACCUCGGGGGUCCCAGCCAAACCGAGUCCUCCAGUCUGUUUGUGGGGGGCCUGGGGAGGGGGGGGAACAGAAGUACCCCCUAGCCACCGCCUGUCUCCGUCUCUCCGUCUCCCACUUUCCAACCUUGGAUGCCAAACAAAGAGCAAUACAGCUCAGCUGACCCCCCCCCCC